AUGUCCGAUUUACUUCGGAGUGCAUUGAGUCCGAACGAUCACCGGUCAGAGCUGGUUUCAUCAUCUCACCAAUCUCCUUUACACAUGCGGGAGAAUCUGGCCGGUGGUACGGGUGUCUUUGCCAAUUUCUUCGAGGAGAUGGCCGACCCCACCGGUCAGUGUUUACUCAGGGACAACGAUCANGAUCAAAGUGGUGAAUUUGAUACCAGCGCCUUGGAGGACUCACAUGAUGGACUAGUCUGUGAUUCAUCUUUCCAGUUUUACCGUUCCGAUAUGGAUCCGAUGCACGCCUAUUAUGAUCAGUGUGACGAGGAUCUGAACAUUCUUGGGCAGUACAAGAUGUUUGUUAAUCGUAGUCGUAACGGAAAUUCAUUUGAUCCCUAUCAAGCGUACAAGGGUAAGAAAGAGAACAAUGGAGAGUGGCAUCAUCGGCAAAGCAGUGAAUGGGAUAAGGUGUUUGGGAUAAAAGGUCGAUGA